AUGCCUAACGCGAAGCGAUCCAGAGGCACCGGCGCCGGCAGAGCAGCAGCGACACGUCCGCCGCCAAAGGAUACCGCAGAUGGCCGUCCAACGCCAGCAGAGGUGGAGGAGCAGGAGCACCAGUUUGUGCAGAUUGCGCGGAAGCACUGGCUGAAGCCUGGCAAGAAGACUGCCAAGGUCAAGGUCAAGAAUGACGUGAUCAAACAGGGCAUCUGGGAUGUUUUGGAGCAGGACGGCUUCUCGUAUAAGCUGCUGCUGCUGCUGGAGAGCUUGCAGACGUUGGAGAACUACCUAUGGCCUGGAUAUUCCGACGAGUCGUCCAACCAUCAUGUCCUCAUAUUAGCUUUGAUCUGCAACGUCAAGAGGCGUGAGCACCUCGAAACAUGGAAAAUCUUCGAGGAGAGACCCGACGACUUUUCGUCCCUGUUCCGCCGUAUUCUAUCCAUGACCCUCGACCGCACAUUGUCCACGACCUUGCGAACGCACCUCCUCUGCUUCCUCAUCUAUGCCUUCCAGAGCCUCGAUUGCACCAUUGUGAGAAAGGAAUGUGCUCCUUUGGUAUCAAUUGGCAUCUGGCAUAACCUAUCCACGGAGAAGCGCCAAGAGGCCCAUCUCGACUCCUCCCCGCAUCUUAGAAAAGCUUGGAGAGCUGCCCAAAAGCGAUAUGAUGCGGCAGAUGAGGCCACCAAGGCGCGGCUGCGGUUCGAGCGCUCGUGGUUGUACACGCUCAUUCUUGAUUUUACCAACCAACUGUACGACAAGAGUGGCCAGUCAGACCAGACGCUUCUUUACUGUGAACGAUUUACCGAGUUUGUCUCUGAUCUGCAGAGCCAGUUGCCUACUCGGCGAUAUGUCAACUCCCUGGUCCAAGACUUGCAUCUCAUUCCCUUGAUGAGAUUGUCUCCGCUUUAUAACGACGGGCCCAGCGCUCUGCUGCGUGAUCUUCACGCUCUUCUCUCUCAUUACACAUACUUUGCCAUUGAUGACCAGACUGGCAUUCAGUUGAACCGAUCAGAGGCCUUUGACAGGCAUUGUACCUUGCUGGGCAAGCUUCAGCGGAUUGCGUUGAAACACUUCAAAGAUAAACUCACCAUCCUGGCCUUAUCAAAUUACGGCGCAGUUGAUAAGCGAGAAGAGUUGGUGUCACAUCUUGAGCCUCUUUCCGAUGACGAGUUGCUGGACCUGGUGAAUCUUUUGGAUCUCAGGUCCACAUAUCCUGAUAGUUUCAAUGUGGCCAUUGAUCGCAAAUUUCUCAUCGAGUUUCUCUUGACUACCUUUGAGCGAAAGAAGACCUUUCAGGAAGUUGCUCAGAGAAUAAGCUUGGUUCCGAGCGAAGACACCCUGUUUGAUGAGGGCUUUCAACGGGCAGAUUCCUACGACGGCUCACAUCCUCUAGCCCUCCCAAAGCUGAAUCUGCAGUAUCUUUCGGUUGGUGAUUUUCUUUGGAGGGCACUAGUGCUCUACCGCUGCGAGUCCUUCUAUGGGAUCCGCAAGGAUAUUGAGGCCGCGCUGCGCCGUCUUCGACCGGAAAGUAGACGGCCUGGCGAAACACACUUUGCGGGUUUCUCAAAAAUGGCGAUGCCAAUUGCUAAACCGACAAUUCUGGAAGUCGUCCCUGCUCUUGUCGGAGACGACAAACCGUCUAUAGUUCGGGCUGAAGUAUCCUUUGAUGUGAAACGCUUAGGGGAUGGUGUGCGCAGAGAGUGGGACACACUUCGUCCAGGCGACAUUGUCUUUUUGCUAGCAGUCCAGCCCCCUACAUCCACCCAAGGAGUAACCAAUGGCAGUUCAACCCAGUCAGAAGCUAACAAGGCCGGCGUCCUGGCGGUGCGAACUGCUGAAGUCGUUCAGAUUACGGACGACAGAGGCCGUCACACCAGAGAAAAGGGGGAGCGCCUGGAUCCGAAACGGCGCAUCCAGCUCAAGCUUGAUUCGGCAACUUACGCGCAUGAUGCUGAGCAAGCCGCGGCGGGUAAGCCCGAUGUCUAUGCAGGCGUCAACUUGCUGCUCAGGCGGAACAAGAGGGAGAACAAUUUCAGGCCUGUGUUGGAGGCUAUCCGCACCCUCGUCUUAUCCGAAAUGCCACUGCCUUCAUGGCUUCACGAAGUCUUUUUGGGUUAUGGCGACCCGGCUGGCGCCCACUACAAGAACCUGUCCAAUAGGCUCAAGACAAUCGACUACAGAGACACAUUUUUGGGCUGGCAGCAUCUGGUUGAAAGCUUGCCUGGAAAGACGGUUGAGCCGGGUGAUGAUGUGACUGGCAGUUUUGGACCGCCAUAUGUCCUUGAGGCAGUCGACAAACCGGAAGAACCUCAGGGUGGCAAGCCAUCCAAGAAGCGACGGCGCGAUCUGGAACCAGCACUGCUGUCAGAGGUAGAAACUCUCAAGGUUUCCACCUACAAGCCUCCCAACAAUGGCCCUUAUCCCUUUGAUGCGCCAAAGCAAAACGCUGUGAGGUUUACUCCGGCUCAGAUCGAGGCCAUCAUGUCUGGAUCUCAACCUGGAUUGACCGUCGUUGUCGGACCCCCAGGUACAGGCAAGACCGAUGUCGCUACGCAAAUCAUAAACAACAUCUACCACAACUUUCCGAACCAAAAGACAUUACUCAUCGCCCACAGCAACCAGGCUCUCAACCAACUCUUUUCUAAAAUCAUUGCACUGGACAUUGACGAAAGACAUCUUUUACGUCUCGGCCAUGGCGAGGAAGAUUUGGACACUGAAGGCAGCUUCAGCAAGUAUGGCCGCGUCGAGUCCUUUUUGGAUAACCGGGACAGGUUUCUAUUUGAGGUGAAGAAGCUGGCAGAAAGCUUGGGGGCUCCAGGAGCACACGAGAACUCGGCUGAAACUGCAGGGUAUUUCAACGUUGCCUAUGUAGAGCCGGCCUGGGCCAAGUUUCUUGUGGUAGCAGAGUCCGACGCCUCUAGUGCGGCUGACAUUGUGCAGCAUUUCCCCUUUCACUCUUACUUUGCGGAUGCUCCUCAGCCCCUAUUUCCCGAGGAAGCAGACCGAGCACAAGUCCUGGACAUUGCUCAGGGAUGUUACCGCCACAUUUCCAAGAUCUUUUCUGAGCUGGCAGACAUCCGGCCCUUUGAGAUCCUACGACGUGAGAAGGACAAGGCCAACUAUCUCCUCACUAAUGAGGCUCGCAUUGUUGCAAUGACGACCACCCACGCGGCCAUUAGGAGAGGUGAGAUUGCGGCACUCGGCUUUCACUAUGACAAUGUCAUCAUGGAGGAAGCGGCACAAAUCACCGAGAUUGAAACAUUUAUUCCCCUUGCAAUGCAAAAACCUGUCGACGGGCAGCUGCCACUGCAACGAGUCGUACUUUGCGGAGAUCACUUCCAAAACUCGCCCGUCAUCCAGAGCUUGGCGUUCCGACACUAUGCCAACCUGGAACAGUCGCUAUUCUCACGACUGGUCCGGCUAGGUGUGCCUACGGUGACCUUGGAUCAACAAGGUCGCGCUCGGCCAUCCAUUGCCAAGCUGUACGAGUGGCGGUACCCCAAGCUCGACAGCCUUCCCGACGUACAGACCAAUCCAGAGUUCUUGCGGGCCAAUGCUGGCUUCAAAUACGACUUCCAGUUUAUCAAUGUUCCUGACUACAAGGGCCGAGGUGAAGCGGAACCGACGCCACACUUUAUUCAGAAUCUUGGUGAGGCUGAAUACGCGGUGGCUAUUUACCAAUACAUGCGGCUCCUAGGAUACCCAGCUGAAAAGAUUAGCAUACUCACAACGUAUGCUGGUCAAAAGGCUCUGGUGAGAGACGUGCUCUCCCACCGAUGUGCUUCGAGCCCCAUUUUCGGUCUGCCCAAGGCUGUUGCUACAGUCGACAAAUAUCAAGGAGAACAAAACGACUACAUCAUUCUUUCUUUGACGCGUACAUCGCGAGUGGGCUAUCUCCGCGACGUCCGUCGUAUGACUGUAGCCUUUUCUCGCGCCAGACUUGGACUCUACAUUCUUGGACGCCGAGAGGUGUUUGAAGCCUGCCCUGAGCUCCGACCGGCUUUUGAUGUGCUUUUACAACGCCCAGAUAAACUAAUGCUAGUAACAGGCGAGCUAUACGGAGCUGAACGUCAAAACACAGAAGAAGACGGGCCAGUGGACGGUGAAGUCGCUAUGGAGGGCGUAGAGCACAUAGGGCAGUACGUAUUUGAAAUGACGCAAACCAAAAUCAACCAGUUGCAGGCAGAGCAAGGCCUGCUGAUGGAAGCUACAAUUGACGAGGCAGGCGAGGAGGGACAGGGUGGCUAUUACGAUGAGGAAGAAGACAGAGCUCUAGAACCAGACAUUCUUGAAGUCCGAGAGGGAGAAGCGAACUAGGGAUUGCAGUUUCCAGGGACGUGGAAUCAUACCAACUUGAACAGAAGAGGAUAGAAGUAAUGACAGGAAAAAAGGGGACAUGUAGUGACGUUGAGGACUUGACAAAGAGACGAGCCAUGAUUUUGUACUUCUUUUUUUUUUUUUUGUCUUUGGAUGAAAGGGGCUUUUACCAUUUUCCGUAUAUCAAAUAUACUUUUAGACAAUGGCAGAACGAAAUAAGUGUGUGAUGUCUUGGGUUGUUGGAGAUGAAUGUACAUGUGAUUACAUGGGGGGCGAGACAAGGUGCGUCAUUGGAGGCGGGUGAUCUGCGACUUGCAGAUGGUAUCUGGUACAUGGCGAACUCUCUUCUUUUCGACUUGUAUAGAUGAUAUUUGAUUUUUUUUUCAUACGCGGAAAAACCCAGCUUGCUACGUGUGAAGGAUGAAAGGGAUAGGCAGGAUCAAAGAAGUAUUAGUGUUAUUAUUUGAGUACUUGCGUAUGAUGAAUGCGGCUGAAGAUGGCAUGGACGCAUAUGCUUCAUGUCUUCAACAAGGAACAGUUUAUCGAGUGAAUCUCACACUAUAAACUACCACGGAUCUUGAGAGAAUACAUAGAAAAAAAGGCACAUCUUUCCCCGUUUCAUCAAUCAACUACAGUAACACGGCACAUUCCUUCAUACCGGAACAUCGGUCACAGUGGCUGCAUGGCAUCGUCAUCAGCAGCGGCACUUGCCGACUUGGGCUUUUUUCCGAGACAAAAUUGUCUCGACCAAGAGUCAAUUUGUAGGCCAAGGUUUACGGAUCGCAAUCAGGUGAUGGCGAAUGGCUGCCUCUCGCCAUUUUGUUUGGGGGUACAAAGGCGAAGAUGGGUUUUGUGAUGCUGCGUUUGGGUGAUACUGCUCUUUGGUUCGGAGCUACACCUGUAUUAAGGAACACGCGGCAAAAUGGUCAGUGAGAUUUUGGAAUUAAUCAUCAAUUACGGUCUUUGCAUAGGGUUCUUCUCAUCGCCUUCUUUAUUCCUACUUGUAGCGAAGGGCAUCGAUAAUACUUGCGUUGCUAGACAGUGCCGCAAACUGGGAGUUUUCGCACUGAGCCGAUUGGGCAAGGCGAAAAAAAAAACGCCACUAAAAAUUCUAGCCCGGGUUUGGGGAAACAAUCGUCGCUCUCUAAUUUUUUUUUUUAGCUGAUAUGCUUACGCCCCGGUGUGUUCCUUACAUAACUCUUUUUUUUUUUGUUUGCUCCCUCGCAUGUGGUGAAAUGAGGGUGGGCUUUUUUUUUUCUUAGCGGGCGACUACGUUCUUGUAGAACGAUAGUCCGUAUCCGGGGCGGGCCCUUGUAAUUUCGUUUGAGAACAUGAGCAGUUAUCGAGCGGGCUUCUACUGCUAUCGCUGCUGCUGCUUUGAAUUGUAUAUGUGCAUCAUGGUUCAAUGCAUAGGCUAAUUGCUUUAUACAGCUGCAGAUAACAGAACUGGGGCGCGUUGGGCAGCUUCUGCCUUUCUUUU